AUGUCUCAAGGCAUAUCCGCAACACAGCCAAUGCGCGACGUUCCACUUUCGGGGAUCGAGGAACAUGGCGACUCUACGCCUGAGACACUUAAAACCGGAAAUUCGAAGGCAAAUUCGUUAAAGCGUUUUUUCAAAUUAACAAAUAAACGACACAGCGCGGGGGAAGAGCUUCCAACCAGCUCCAGUGAGGUAAUGCCCGAGGAUGGUAGACGGUCGAAAGACGAUACUGAUAAGGAUGCUAGUGGCGGUAGUGGACUGGAAAAGGAUGACGAAGUGGAGAAACCGAAAAAGGAACACCAGCGGCGUUUUAAUUUGCGUCUAGGUGGCGUCACUCGAAUCGUGGAACACGCCAAUACCGAGAACUUCAUGGACAGCGCACCAAGUCGGCAGUCAUUGAAGAACUCCAUUUCCAGCUAUUGGCAUACCGUCUUCAGACGCGUCAGCAAGAAAGCAGCAAAGCGGACAGCCGGUCAGAAUGACGAGAAUGACGGUGACGUCGAAGAGGAGGUGAUUGAAAGAGAGUUGGAUGAGCAAGUGCAGACGUUGUCUAUCUCAGAGGACACUAUCGAGCAGGUGAUUCAAGCGAUCGAGUAG